AUGGCGCAGCUCACGCACUGGGACCGUUUGGUCAGGUAUGUGUCGGCAAAAGAUGGUCACGUACGAUAUGGCGAGCCUAUCCUUGAUGACACGUAUAAUAUCGAUCAGCAGAUUGAAGCCGGAGCAGUAUUAAAGGUUCGAGUGCUCGAAGGCUCAAGUGCUUUAACAGCCAUGCGCACAGAUGAGGAGGAUGAAAUCCAGCAGCUUCUUAGCCCUCUAGCUCCAGCUGAGGUCCCAAUUGUGCGGUGUACGGGAUUGAACUACAGAAGUCAUAUUGCGGAGUCAGGUUUUGACUAUCCUCAGUAUCCGACAUUGUUUAUCAAGCCCAAUCAGACCAUUGCCAAUACACGAGAGCCCAUCCCAAUUCCAAAGCUUGCGCAGGCUAGGUGCGAUUAUGAAGGCGAGCUAACCAUUUUGAUCGGAAAGGAUGCGAAGAACGUCUCUGAGGCGGUUGCACUAGACUAUGUUGCGGGUUACGUUGUAGGUAAUGACGUUUCCUGCAGAGACUGGCAGCUGGACAAAGCGAAGGCUGGCAUGAUACAGCAAUGGUGUUUCUCUAAAUCCUUUGACAAGUACGCACCCCUAGGUCCCGCAAUUGUCAGCACCAAAGUGCUAGGAGAUGCGACAGGGUUACGUAUCAGGACCUAUGUCAAUGGAGAGCUUAGACAGGACUCGAAUACUUCUGACCUGUUGUUUGGAGUAAAGAAACUUGUCAGUUUCUUGAGCACUGGUCAGACACUCGAGGCAGGCAGUCUGAUCAUGUCUGGUACACCUGGCGGUGUCGGUGCAGCAAUGAAACCAAAACCUCAAUUCUUAGCGAAUGGCGACGAGGUUGUGGUAGAGAUUGAGGGUAUCGGGACAUUGAGAAAUAUGAUGCAGUUUGAGUGA